AUGGAUCCGGAAGCGGUGAGCAACGAUAGCCACGUGGCGGCGGCGAUUGCGACGCGCCGUCGCUCGAACUCGGUGUCCGACGACUAUUCGGUGCAGCGAACCAAUGACGACGCGACCCAGUGCAAGAAUUUCGCUAUUCAGGUGCAGUAUCAACGUUUGUAAAGGCCUUAACUCGAUAAUUUAUGCAGAAAGGCUACUGGCAGGACGAAUUCAUCGCUCGUUUCGCGAAUUCAGCGGCGAAUGUGUCGGAGGCGCGUCGUUUCCCCGAAAUUUCGAUGGGAUAUUGGGCCAGAACGGCCGCGAUCGAGAAAUAUGUGCGAGAGUUCCUCAAAGAGUUUAACGGAAACGCGCAGGUUGUUAGUUUGGGUGAGUUUUGUCAAAAAUCGAUAAUUUUCUUGAAAAAUAAUGAAAAAUUCUUGCAGGGUGCGGAUUUGACACUCUCUUCUGGCGUCUCGUUUCUUCGGACGCAAAAUUGGUCAAGUACGUGGAGGUCGACUUCUCGUCAGUCACUUCCAAAAAAAUCCGCCAUAUUCUGAAGCCGGUCGGAGCCGGAAGCGUCGAUUUGAAGGCCAGCUUCGCCCAAGAACGUGAGUUCCAGUUUGUUUCGCAUUUUUCGAGAAAAACUUUUUGAAUUUUCUGUAAAAAUUUUCAGCGGUGGUGUCCCACCAUGCGGAUCUUCAUGCCGGAAACUACCAUCUGAUCGGUGCGGACCUCCGUCAAUCGAAGGAAUUGGAACAGAAAUUGGUCACUUGCCAACUCGAUUUCGACAUUCCCACCAUCUUCAUCGCCGAGUUGGUUCUUGUUGUUCUCAAAACAAUUCCGAAUACUAUCCGUUUCUCUGUUCAGAUGCGUCCUGGUGUACAUGUCGGCGGCGGCGAGCUCCGGUCUCCUCCAGCAGCUCGUUUCGUUGUUCCGCACGCCGGCGUUCGUCAAUUACGAACAGUUUCGCACUUCGGACGAAUUCACGCGAGUCAUGGAGCAGAAUCUGGGCGAAAGAGGCAUCCAGCUGCACGGGCUGGAGAUGUGCGAGAGCGCCGAAAAACAGGAGGAGAGGUACACAAAAUUGGGCGAAUAAUGCGCUAAGAAAUAUUUUCAGAUUCCGUUCGGCCGGAUUCAAAUCGGUCAAAGUGCAGGACAUGAACCAGAUCUUCAAGACUUUUCUGGACAAGUCGGAGGUGUCGAGGAUCCGCGAGAUCGAGAUGCUCGACGAGAUGGAGCUGCUCGACCAGCUGCUCGCCCACUACUGCAUCGUUUUUGCCAGAACCUGA